AUGGCUGAAAGUGUCACCAAGACUCUUCUCCAUAGCCAAGCUCUCCAGCAGUACAUCUUGGACACGAGCGUGUUCCCGAGGGAGCAUGAACUGCUCAAACAACUCAGAACAGCUACGUUUGAGAAGUAUGGCCACCUAUGUGAACUAAACGUCCCCGGCGACGAGGGAAUGUUCUUAUCGAUGCUUCUAAAAAUAAUCAAUGCGAAGAGGACACUGGAGAUCGGUGUUUUCACGGGGUACUCUCUUCUGAUUACUGCGCUUGCACUACCUGAUGAUGGCAAGAUAACAGCCAUAGACUUGGACAAAGAAGCGUAUGAAGUUGGAUUGCCAUUCAUUGAAAAAGCUGGAGUGGCUCACAAGAUCAGCUUCAUCCAGUCAGACGCCCUCUCAGCACUGGACCUGAUGCUUAGUCAAAAGGAGUUCGACUUUGUGUUUGUGGACGCCGACAAGUCGGAGUACCGCGGCUACCACGACCGUGUGAUGAGGCUCCUGAGAAUCGGGGGCGUCGUCGCAUAUGACAACACGUUGUGGUACGGCUCCGUGGCCAAGGGCCGGGAGGAGCUGCCGGAGUUCCUCAGGAGCCGAGUGAUGGAGGGCGUCGCCAGCUACUUCUACGACGGCCACACCGCAAUCGUGGAGUUCAACGAGUUCUUAGCUUCCGACCCGCGAGUCGACAUCUCUCAAGUCCCCAUCGGAGAUGGAGUCACCUUGUGUAGACGCCUGCGGUAG